AUGUCGACGACCGAAGUUAGAACCAGUGGUUCGACGAUGAAGGCCGUCAACUACCAAGGUGCCUUCAAGGUCAAGGUGGAGGAUGUUCCCAAGCCUACCAUCGAGCACCCAGACGAUGUCAUUGUCAAGGUCACUACGGCUGCUAUCUGUGGCUCUGACCUGCAUAUGUACGAGGGACGUACGGGUGCUGAAGCUGGCAUCACGUUUGGGCAUGAGAACAUGGGGAUUGUGGAGGAGCUUGGCUCGGGCGUCACCUUGUUGAAGAAAGGAGAUCGAGUUGUUAUGCCUUUCAACGUCGCGGAUGGACGAUGCCGGAACUGCGAAGAGGGUUACACCGCGUUCUGCACGGGCGUUAACCCAGGAUUCGCUGGAGGCGCUUAUGGUUACGUCGCCAUGGGGCCCUACAGAGGAGGGCAAGCUCAGUACAUCCGCAUCCCGUACGCCGACUUCAACGCACUCAAGCUGCCACCCGGAACGGAGCACGAGCAGGACUUUAUCCUCUUGGCCGAUAUCUUCCCCACGGGAUGGCACGGCGUCUCUCUCAGCGGGUUCAAACCGGGCGACAGUAUCGGAGUCUGGGGUGCAGGGCCUGUCGGGUUGAUGGCCGCAUACUCAGCUUCACUUAGGGGUGCGAGUCGGGUCUACGUUGUUGACAGAGUGCCGGAGCGUCUAAAGGCGGCAGAGAAGAUUGGCUGCACGCCCAUUGACUUCAGCAAAGGCGAUGCCGUUGAGCAGAUCCUAGAGAAGAACGGCGGUAUGUUGGACAGGGCUGUGGAUGCGGUAGGAUAUCAGGCUAUGGCGUCUGGUGGCGACAAGGAGCAGCCCAAUAUCGUUCUGGAGAACAUGAUCCAAGCCACAAGGCCAUGCGGUGGCCUUGGAAUUCCCGGCCUGUAUGUCCCGACCGACCCUGGUGCGCCAGAUGAGGCGAGCGGCAAGGGCAAGAUCAGUCUGAGCUUUGGCAAAUUAUUCGAAAAGGGUCUUUCCCUUGCCACUGGACAAUGCAAUGUCAAACAAUACAACAGAUAUCUGCGUGACCUGAUCAUCGCUGGAAAGGCGAAGCCAUCGUUUGUGGUCAGUCACGAGAUCGGCAUCGAAGACGCGGAGGUCGCAUACGAGAAGUUUGACAAGAGAAUCGACGGCUACACCAAGGUGUUGAUCCAUCCCAACGGGCCGUUGUAG